GCCACAGUUGAAGCGCCAAGGCCGUGGCCGCAUACAGGGUAAUAGAUCAUCAACAUGUCCUCGUCUCCUUCGUCCUCAAGCCGGCGUCCCUCCCCAUGGGCGGCUGUGAGACCUGCGACUGGCGGCGCGACCUGGCCAUUGGAGACGCUACCCCUGUCGUCGUCGAGCGGCGCCGGCGAUGAGCUUUCCAGAUGGCCCAGCACGAAUCCGUCACUCGAUCCUUUUCCAUCCCUGGCGGUUGCGCUAAGCAGCAGCCUGUCUCGACAGCAUAACUCCAAGUCUGCGAAGAAACGCGCAAGAGCAAGCGCCAUUUCCAGUGGCGCAACCACCCCUUUCUCUUUUGGGCCUGGCGCGAAUGCGAGCGCAGGUGCCAGCAGGGACUUUGACCCGUAUCCUUCGAGGCAGUCAGAGAUCAAUCGGCGCGCCAUGGAACAGCAUUGGAAUGCAGCUGAUAACCACGGCGCAUGCGAUGGCGGAAAAGGGUCACAGCGACCACAACUGCAUUUUGGUCAUGACGUAGUGACCGAGACGCAAGGUGCUGACUCGGAUAUGGUCUCCACGUCUUGCCGCCCGCAGGCGUACGGUGUGUCGAGAGUUUCCUUUCGCACGCAGUCACAGGCUCGCGCACAUUCGAGCAGUCGGCGAGGAAAGCUGCGGCAAGUCAAGCGGUCCGGCCAAAUGCUUGAAGAAUCGCUGGACCAACCGCAAACCGAGACGCUCGCCUCUGCGUCAUUUGUGAGCGUUUGCGCCCCGAGCUUCGUUGCCGAGCUGAGAGCUCUGGCUGGAGCCAAUAAAAAUUCAAUACAGCAGGAAUAUCCACAUCUUCCACUCGUUAAUGCCUCCAUACCACCGGACGUCAGACUCGGGCGCGCCUACAACGCGGUGCUCGCUCUGAUUGCUGUAAGCCAGAGUGACUCCACUCCGGCUUCCGCUACUAGCUCGUCCUCCUCGCUAGAUGCAAUCGUGGGGAGUUAUGGAAGCUUACGCGCAGCUUGCUAUGACCUCUUCGGCACACCCGACAGCAUCCUAGCCAACUUUAGCGCUAUUCGUAACUUUCAAUCUCAACACCCUUCCGUCUCUUUCUCGGCGCAAGCGGAUGCAGGAGUAUCCGUCGCACAUGAAAAGUUGUCUGCACGAACUAUUAUGCGGCUCGCCAACAUGGCGGACAGAAAGGCGCGCGGUACGGGGAGAGAAGCAUUGCAGGUAUGCUUAUCAGAGAUGGACACGACGCCGGUACGUGACCAGUCUGCUUCGCAUCAACGCGCUCGCACAGUGGCUCUGCUGCUGAUAAGCAAGCUGGAAGCAGCACUCCGUACAUCGUCAGGAGCAGAUAUAGCAGAUGGAGAACAUGCCGUGUCACGCACUCUCCAUCAUCUGCUGGCUCGCGACUUGCGCCCUUCGUCUCUCAUGUGGCUUCGCCAUGCAAGCGAGUCAUAUUCAGACGACUUGGCCACUGCCACAUUGCAAUACACGCUCAGUGCGCUGCAAAAGAUGCUAAUGCAGAGCUUGGAAGGCACGACUGACGGUAGUCCGCGAGAAGUUGAGCGGCUUCUAGAUCAAAUGAAUUGCAUGCGGAUCCUCGAGACAUUUUUCGCUGCCAGCACCAAUGUGCGCUCUUAUGCAGAGAGAGGAGCGUAUCCAUGGCCUCUUUCGGAUUUCUACUCUUCUGCUUUAGAUCUGCAUGCUGAUCGCAUUGUGGACGCGCAGCAGCAACAUUCGGGUGACAAGCUUGGUCAGCUGCAAGGACUAUUGCGACGCUUUCCGUUCCUCUUGUCGAUUGGCAUCAAGCAGCGGAUCAUGCGUGCCGGUGCACUGGCAAGCAUGCAGGCUGCAAGGCACCAGCACACCAUCUUGAAGGCCAUACGGCAGUCGCGCUACGUCGUUCCAGACAUUAACGAGGAAGGCGAAGGCGAAGAUAUGGGCGAAAGGCUGAAGAUCUCUGUCCGCCGUCAACAUUUGCUUGACGACAGCAUAGAGCAGCUUUUGUUGGCGCUUGACGACGAUCGUCUUUUGCUGCCCUUGCAGGUACACUGGGUGGGUGAGGAGGCAGUCGAUGGUGGAGGUCCAAGGAGGGAAUGGCUGCACGCUCUCAUCAAUUGCACGCUCGCCGAGGGCUUGCACCUGCAUGCAAUGUCUGAGCAGCUAUCAAUCACGCUUGGCGUUGCCCUCGGCCUAUCGGUAUAUCACGAGCUACCCGUGCCGGCAUUGCUUCCCCAUCAAAUUUGCAGACUAUUGAUGCAUCCGGACGCCACCAACAUCCCCUUGCCGCUCCAAUCACUGGAUGCCAGCCACCCCGAAUUGGCCGCUACAUUAGCGAUGCUGCUGCAUGCGCCUUCUUCAGAUCUAUGCAAGAUGGAGGCGGACGGCGAGCUCAAUGUGAUCGAGGAUACGAUGCGUCAGGCGGCGCUAUUCGGCGAAGAAUUGCUUUCUGCCUUGGCGUUUGGCUUUCAAAGAGUGUGUCGUGGCGUCCACGUCGAGCUGCUUCAUCCUGCGGAGCUGCGGAGUGUCAUUACAGGCAUACCGAUUCGGUCCAGCUUAUCUAGCCUAGCCACGGACACAGACCACAGACACACCCUGGAUGCUGCUACGAUCAACAGUCUCCGCGUCGUCACGAAGCAUCAAGGCUUCACCGUAGAAGACGAAACUCUCAAGCAGGGUUUUUGGCGCCUGUGGGCAGAAGAUCUAACGGGUCCGCAACGCAAUAAGCUGCUCGCUUUCAUCACCGGCUCGCCACGCCUGCCUCUUGGCUGGGAGCGGCUUGCGAUCUCUCAAAGCGGGCAAGAACAGAGACAAAGUGGUCAUUUGCUCUGCAUAAAACUGGUCGACGAACCGGCUUUUCGCGCUUUUGUGCCGUGGUCUAGCACGUGUACGAUGACGCUAUUCCUCCCUCGCAUGCGCGUCGAGGAACUGCCUGGCCGGCUUAACGCUGCACUCGCUCACGCUGAUGGGUUUGGUCUCAAGUAGUAUCUUUGAAGACUGUGCUCUGACAGCGGUUAUGAGGUUAUAAUCUAACUCGUCUCUUUGUAGCUCGGAUUGGUAGAAAGAGCACAAGUAUCUGGAGUCGGCUUGUCCAUGAGUUCGAUUGCUCCUUCGUGGUGAGGAAUGGCAUUAUCUCCCAGGAAUAACCUACUAGCUUCUCUUUCCUGUUCCUUCCCAUUAAUCUGCGUGAAAUGGAUGGUGGUUAGCUGCUCGAUUUCGUCGAUGACUCGCUAAGCUGCAAUCGUAAGAACUCCUUGCUGCGUGUAAUUCAUCGCAGCCAGUCGCGCGAUGGUCUUGACCGCCGGAUGAUCACCUGAGUACGGUGGGGAUGCUUUCGGUUCGGCGAUUAAAUUGCUAGCCAAAAGAUAGGUUCCAAAAGCUCCCGAUCCGACCCUGAAGACACAGAUGCCAAAGGGCUUGAGUCUGGUUCAUGGACCUCAG